GGCUGUUCCGUAUCUGUCAAUGAGCAGUUCGGCAACCCGCGUUUUCAAAUAAAAAUGGCAAAAUAGGACGCUGCACUGAGUGUUCAGAACCAUGCACAGACACGGCAGUCUCGGCAGCAGCGAUGCCAUGAAUGGCGGUGGUGGCAGCAUCACGGAGCUGCUGGGAGCCUUGUGUGACACCUGUAUUUCUGGGGUGUCGUGGAGAAAGAGGGCGGUGGGUGCCACCUCCCCAGACACAGUACGUCGGGCACUAAGGAGGCGAGCUUAUGGGACUCUCCUGGCCAAGCUCUUCCAGCAAGAAAGUCCGAAAGCCCCAUGUGCACGCAGUGCUGCGGCUACUGCGGCUGCCACACCCCCCAGGAACAAAGUGCUCAUGAUCUCCUUAGACCUACGACUUUCUGGAUGUCAGGAGGAGGCUGAGAAACUGGAGGAGCUCUUGUGGAAGCUGGGUGAUGGGCCAGCGUCAGGCUUGGGGGAACUUGACUCAGUGCUGGAGCUUCUCGUCCAGCUGGCUGGCUCUGUGCCCCCGCCUCCUGCAUCCUUUAACCGGGACUACAUGCGGAGGGAGCGACCUGUAUUGCGGCGCCCGCCACUGACUGGGUACCACAGCAAGGAGCUGCAGCAGUUGGAGGCCCGUGCCUGGUCUCUGGUGUGCAGGGAGGAGUGGGGAGCACUGGGGGCUCAGCAGAGGACUCUGGGGUUGAUGGAUGGCCUCCCGGGGACAGGGCUUCCGACGCUGGGCCGCUGGUCUGAUGGGGAGGAUCGCUUUGAGAGGGAAACACGGCUGUCGCUGUUUGGAGCCCUGCAGAACACGCGCACCACAGACCUGGAUAUACGGCUCGAUCUGCCUCCCGUGCCCAGCAACAUUGAGGUCACUGGACUGGCAAUACGAGUUCCCCCUGCUUUCGACCAGUCUGAAGAUGAGGGCUUCCAGUCAGCCUCAAAUCUAACCCCAGAUUCACAGUCAGAACCCAGUCCCAGUCCAGAAGUUGAUGUUUGGGAGGCCCUGCGGAACUUUGAGCCCAGCUGGCGCCGCUGCUGGGAAAACGUUGGCUGGCCUCCUGGGAAAAAGGAGGAUCCCUAUCUGACAGAAGCGGGCCGGGAGGCGUUUGAUCACCUGUACCGGCUGCGGGAGGGUGAGAUGAGGGUUGUGUGCUCAGACAACUCCGCCUUACCACCCACGCCUCAACACUCCCAGAAGCAGCUUGUGGCCGACUUCCUUAAUGUCCUGAUUGGUGUGACAUCUGACACGUUUCUGCUGAACCAGGUUUCUGUACAGUUUGAGGUGCGCCCAGGUGUGUGUGUUUCAGGUGCCUCACCGGAGAGCAUCUCGCGCCUGCUGGCGGAGCUGGCUCAGUACGGCACACACUACCUGAGGCUAAGCCGCUUCUCCCUGCAGAGUGCUCACCAGCGAGGCCUGGUCUUCCAGGCCUUCACAGGGGGAUUGCGAAGGUACCUUCAGUACUACCGUGCCUGUGUGCUCAGCACCCCACCCAGCCUCAGCCUGCUCACCAUUGGCUUCCUGUUUCGGAAGCUCGGCCGGCAGCUCAGGUACCUGUCAGAGCUGUGCUGUGUGGAUGGGAAUGCUGCUGUGGGCCAGACACCUUUCCCCGUGGGUGUCAGAUUGCUCUCCUACCUGUACAACGAGGCACUGAGCAAUUGCAGCAAUGAAAACUACCCUGUGCUGCUGUCUCUGCUGAAGAGCAGCUGUGAGCCUUACACACGGUUUGUAUCGGACUGGGUCUACAGUGGGGUCUUUCGAGAUGUUUACAAAGAGUUCAUGAUCCAGGUCAAUGAGGACUACCUCAGCUACCGAGAUAAACACUUCUGGGUGCAAGGGUACACUCUGAUCUCACAGGAUGUUGAAGAAUGUGUCCCAGUCUUCCUGCGACACAUUGCCAACGAUGUCUAUGUCUGUGGGAAGACCAUCAAUUUGCUGAAGAUCUGCUGUCCUCAACAUUAUAUCUGCUGGUCUGAGUUGCCUGUGCCCCGCAUUGCCGUGACCUUCUCAAUGCAGGAAGUAGAGGAAAUUGAGCGCGACUGCGCUGUGUACCGUGGCCGCAUGGAGAGGAUUGCCAAACACAGCGCCCUCAGCAGAGAGGAGCAGAUCCUGCACACAGAGCAAGCCCGACAGGAGCUUAUUUCCCAUGUCAGGGAGUCCACAGCGAAAACCCUGGAAACCAUACGAGGACGCCAGGUGUCCCAGCGCCUGGCCCAAGAAGCCAAAAAGAGGGAGCGCUUUGAGGAGAUAAAACACCACCUGGAGCAGGAGCGAGAGUGGCGUAGUGCAGCAAAGCGUAAGGAACAGGAAGAUGACUUCAGCUUUGCCCGAGAACUGCGGGACAGGGAGAAGAGGCUUCGGGCCCUGGAGGAGCAACUGGAGCGCAGAACCAAGAAAGAGCUCAUUGCCCAAUAUAGUCGUAUGUCAGAGGAGGCAACACGAAGGGAGAGGCGCGCAGUUUGGAGGGUGCAGAGACUACAACUGAACGAGGCCAGGACUCAGUUUCUAGAGGAGGACCAGCGGCUCAUUCAGGUCCUCCUGAAGAUGUAUCCUCUAGGACGAGGUAGAAAGCUACUCGAAUACCCACCUCCAUCAGUGACACCACAGGGAUCCCAGGUACCAGAAGCUCCUACUGCUGUGUAUGAUGGACUCCAGAACACCCAAGACAGGUUACCUGCAACCAGCUCUCUCCCUCCACCCUCUCUUCCACCUCUUCACAACACUUCAAUCUGUAGCAGAACCUCAGAUUCUCACAUCUUGGACCAGCUGGACCUCUCAUGCUUUGAACCAAAAUCCCCCAGACUUUCAGGAAGUGGUCAAGUGGACAGAGCCUUGCAAGAUAUUGGGUCUGAACUUUCAGAGGGCAAUAAUACUUCAGUAAAAGAUGACUAUGACUUCAGUGCUCCAUACAGCCCUCUGCAGGACAGUGUAGCUCGAGCUCGAUGGGGUCCCACUGUCCAGCCAGGUUUCACCUGUCUUGCAGAGCAGAGCAGAGACCCUCAGAUUCAGGGAUCUGAGCAUCUGUCCCCAAAAGCUGAAUCUGAGAAUGUACCAGGUCUACAGACUCAAUCCAGUGAGGAGGUGAGAUUGGAUAAUAGUAUAGAUUUCCAGCCCAGUGGCACAUUGCAGGAGUCUAAGCUACAGGAGUCUUUACCUGAACAGGGGGCUGUGAAUACAGGAGAUGGAGAAGAGCCAGCACUCAAAGCUUCACUAUUGGGAGUGCAGCUAGAGGCCCCCUUGGAUGUCUCCAUAACAGUGGGAGACCCAGCUGAAGUUGAACAAGUCCCUGUCCUCAGCACCCAUGUCAAAUCUGUUUUGCGUGAAGAAGCUGCUAGCACUUCACCCAGUGCUAAUGGAACUACUCCAGGCAAGAGUGUUGAAGAAGAAACAGUUGAUUCAACAUCUUCAUGCCCCAUUUUGAACCAGCACAGUGACUCCUCAGACUGCAUAACCAUGGAGAAUAGAAUACUGAGCAUGGAGACACCAGGUCCUGGGGUUGAAUGUGUGGAUUUAGGGGCUAGAGUGAACCAGACACCAUUUCCUGGUAGCAGUCAUGGUCAUGCCGCAGAUUCAUUCCUGAUAGUUGGGUGUGUAGUUUCUGGGACGGAACCAAUCCAAAAAGUACUUCCUAAUAGAAGGUAUGGUAAUGCCUCAGAUUCUACCCUGGAGGUUGGGUGUAUUGUUUCUGGAACUGAACCAGUCCAGAAGUCACUUCCUGGUAGUAGCUAUGGUCAUGCCUCAGAUUCUACCCUGGAGGUUGGGUGUAUUGUUUCUGGAACUGAACCAGUCCAGAAGUCACUUCCUGGUAGUAGCUAUGGUCAUGCCUCAGAUUCUACCCUGGAGGUUGGGUGUAUUGUUUCUGGAACUGAACCAGUCCAGAAGUCACUUCCUGGUAGUAGCUAUGGUCAUGCCUCAGAUUCUACCCUGGAGCCUGGAUGUGUGUUUUCUGGAACUGAACCAGUCCAGAAGUCACUUCCUGGUAGUAGCUAUGGUCAUGCCUCAGAUUCUACCCUGGAGCCUGGAUGUGUGUUUUCUGGGACAGAACCAGUCCAAAAACCACUUCCCGGUAGCAGCUAUGGUCAUGCCUCAGAUUCGACCCUGGGGGUUGGGUGUGUGGUUUCUGGAACGGAACCAGUCCAAAGGCCACUUCCCGGUAGCAGCUAUGGUCAUGCCUCAGAUUCGACCCUGGGGGUUGGGUGUGUGGUUUCUGGAACAGAACCAGUCCAAAAGCCACUUCCUGGUAGCAGUUAUGGUCAUGCCUCAGAUUCGACCCUGGGUGUUGGAUGUGUGGUUUCAGUAAGUCUAAUUCAGGCUCCACUUCAUGGAAAUGCUUACAGAAAUUCAUCAGAUUCUGCCUUGGGUAUGGGGCGUAUAGGGAAGGGCACUCUUCUUAACUCCCUCACUGAGUCUGAGACCUCAGACACAACUACCCAGAAGCCCCCAGAAGACCAGGUGCAUGAGGAGAGCAGUGGGAACCAGGAAGCCAAGGACCAGGUAUUUGGGUCUGAAGCUGGGACCCCUGAUGAAGCCAGGGACCUGAUGGAGAGCAGCUCUGCUUGGGUAAAGGCUUCUGGCAUCCAGCCUGGGGACAGAACUGAGCAGGACUAUCUUCAUUCCCUGGCAGCGCAGUAUGAGGUGGAGCAGUACCAGGAUGACUACAGAAUCCUCACGGCAGCCCCAGAUUCCCAGCUCCUCCAGCAGGUGACACGGGGUCCCUAUGGGUUCCCAGGGUCUGGAGGCAUGCGUGAUGCCACUGACACUACAGCUGUGCAGCUUAGUGAGAUGGUCUCUCUUCCAGUGUUGAUCAAGCACUCUGUCACGACACCUCUUUCCACACAUGUGUCUCUUGUGAACAAAGCUGUGGUGGACUAUUUCUUCGUGGAGCUCGGGGUGGAGAAGCACUUUGAGGCGCUCAGGCACUUCCUGUUGAUGGAGGAUGGGGAGUUUGCUCAGUCACUCAGUGACUUGCUCUUUGAGAAGUUGGCUAGUGGUCAAACCCCUGGGGAGCUCCUGACUCCACUGGUGCUCAACUCCAUUCUCAGCAAGGCCCUGCAGUACAGCCUGCAUGGGGGUGGAGCUCUGGCUGCUAACUUCACCUUUGCUUUGCGCUUCCUCCCAGAGCGCUUCCACCCUCAUGCUCCAGAUGUGCUGCAGUGCUUAGAGUUGCGCUACAAGGUGGACUGGCCCUUGAACAUAGUCAUCACCGACAACUGCAUGAACAAGUACAACCGUCUUUUCUCCUUCCUGCUGCAGCUGAAGCACAUGGUAUGGACACUGCGGGAUGUCUGGUUCCACUUGAAGAGAGCUGCUCUGGUGAAGGGUGCGAGCCACUCAACACAGUUCCGCCAGCUGCAGCUCUACCGACACGAAAUGCAGCACUUUGUGAAAGUGAUUCAGGGCUACAUUGCCAACCAGAUCCUGCAGGUGUCCUGGAGUGAGUUCAUCCAUAAACUAGGCAACGUGAGCGACCUAGAUUCCAUCCACCACACCCAUGCAGACUAUCUCAACAGGGCCAUCUUCAGGGGGUUGCUGACAGAGAAGGCCGCUCCAGUCAUGAACAUCAUCCACAGCAUCUUCAGCCUGAUUCUCAAGUUCCGAGCUCAGCUAAUCGCGCAGCCCUGGAGCAGUCAGCAGGGCGAGACGGUGCACCCCAGCUUUGUGGCCAUGCAGCAGUCCUACAACACCUUCAAGUACUACUCCCACUUCCUCUUCAAAGUUGUCACAAAGCUUGUUAACAGGGGUUACCAGCCUCACCUAGAGGACUUUCUGCUUCGCAUCAACUUCAACAACUAUUACAAAGACUCAUAAACAACUUGUCAGCCAUCAGUGUCUGGAAUGACUAAUAAAGUGUAAAGUGCA